UCGAGGUUGUUUACAACAGACCAUGAGACACAUGGCUAUUUUUUGACUUCUGACUUGCUUGGCUGAUUUGGCUGUUUAUUUAGCCUGUUUAUAUCGCUUCGUAAUUUUCAAGAGAAGUUUGUGCUCUCAGAGAAGUGAGGGUCAGUCGUCAUGCCGACCUACAGAAGUAACAAAAAUCGCCCUGGCACUGCUAACAGGCUUACCAAGUGCUACCACGGUCCUCCUAACACAUACAUACUGAGCAGUCCGAUAGGGAACUUGGAGCUGGUGAGCUGUGCAAGAGGGAUCCAUACUCUUGGCCAAGUUGAGGGAAUCACAGAUGACACAUUCCAACCAGAUAUUAGCAUUCAAGUGCAGCUUAUAUCCCAACUCUACCCUGACAAUGGAUACACUUACAAACCAGUCCAAGCAUGCAUACAGUGGUUGAACAAUUAUUUCCAAAAUCCUGUUGAAGCCAAACUGCAGUCACCGCCAACAAUUUGCUUCAUUCACACUAAAGAAGGAUCAUUCACAGAAAGAGUUUGGCAAACAUUGGCAGAGAAGACGAAAUAUGGGAACACAGUGUCAUACGCAGAACUAGCAGAAGUAUGUGGAAGUGCCAAAGCAUGUCGAAAAGUCGGUACAGCCAUGAGAAACAACCCGGUUCAGUUGAUUAUACCGUGCCAUCGAGUGAUAAGGAGUAAUGGGACAUUCGGUGAUUACUGUGCCGGUUCUCGAAAUUCUGUGAAAACGUGGUUAUUACAAAUGGAGGAUGUUAUCAAGUCUUAGACCUAAACCCUGAAAGUGAUUCUGCUGACAUCUAAAUAAUGUUACCAGUUGUUGCCAUUCCACAUUCAUGUUCAAAAAGUGUUUCAAAAACUGUCAAAAAGUGGAUUGAAAAUUAACAUUUUGGUAAGCCUUCUAUUGACAGUAUUAGAAGUGACUUGCUGACUUUGGGGUUAAGGCUGUUAAUUGGCAUUUUCACUGCAUUUAAAAAUGUAAGGAGUUUCUUUGUUUAAAUUAGGCUUGAAGAUUGUAUUUGAAUGUCAAACACUGAAAUGUAGAAGUUUCUAGUAUUGUUGCAUUUGGACAAGGGAGUGUCGACUUCAGGAACUGAUCAUUUCAAAAACUGUCAAAGAGAAGGUUGAACAUUGCUAUUUGUUCGUCAGACUCCUUUAGUUCAGACAUGCCUUGUCUUGUUACUUUAUUUGGAUGGGUGAGUGACUCACAUUUGGGGCUGAGAAUAUGUAUCCAUUUGAAAUCAUUGAUACCCGUGUGGGUUUUUGUUUUGCAAUAUUUGAAUCCACUUUGUUACCGGUACACUAAAUUUGGUCCCUGCGAAUGACCCUAACCACAUGUGAUACCAUGGAAUUUCCCUGAUGUCAGGAUCUGUUGAAUUUUUGUGUUCAAAAGAAAUUCAUAUAUUUGUCUUCGAUGUGCUGUCCAAUUUCUGUCACAUCCCUCCAUCAGUUGAUAGCAAAACUAUUUACAUCUAUUGCAUUGUAUGCAACAGAUUGCAUUGUAUACAACAGAUUGCAUUGUAUGCAACAGAACAGUGUUGAGGUUGAGAUUAGAACUUUCUGGCUGCAAUCGUAAUCAGGAAUGCUGAUCGAUAUUUCACUUAUCACAUGUGAAUCUUGUUUGUUUAAAAAAGAAACAGAGCAGUAUUGCAUGAAA